CCCAUACUUCCGCGAAACCCUAGCACCGCUAUAUAACUUGGCUCCCGUGCCAACCUCGCAGCCCUCCCCGCACCCGCUCCGCCGCCGCAGCCGCCGUCGCUACAGCCGCGCACCUCGCUUCCUCUACCGUCGCCGAGAUGACGAAGCGCACCAAGAAGGCUGGAAUUGUUGGCAAAUAUGGAACUAGGUAUGGUGCUAGCUUGCGUAAGCAAAUCAAGAAGAUGGAGGUGUCUCAGCACUCCAAGUACUUCUGCGAGUUCUGCGGGAAGUUCGCCGUGAAGAGGAAGGCGGUUGGAAUUUGGGGAUGCAAGGACUGCGGGAAGGUCAAGGCUGGUGGUGCUUAUACCAUGAACACUGCUAGUGCGGUCACUGUCAGGAGCACAAUCCGUCGCUUGAGGGAGCAGACUGAAGCCUGAUCUCUUCAUAUCAGGCAUCCUGGGGUUCUGUAGUUGAAUCACUGUAGGCUGUUUGGCCGAGAACAUGCUCCAGUAUUUUUGGUUUAUGCUUUAGGAUCCUAAAAUUGUGAUGCUAAGAUUUUGUACUUGGUUGCUGUUAUGACAAGUGAUCUCUGAUGUUAUUGCCCACCUUAUUGGUGUCAAAUUUCCUCGUGGUUUUUUC